GUUAGUCAGUCACGUUACUACAUGGAGAAGAAAACGACCAGACGACAGGAGGAGAAACCGGAGCUUCACAAACGGGAUUCAGGAUGGUGUAUACCGCGGCUCUGCUCUUUGGAAACCCGGGGCUUCUCGACCUGUCGGAGGAGGAAAGUGUCUUGGAGAUGAUCGGGAAAUAUUUCCUCCAGCUCACAUCCCCGGGGAGAGGCACGAACUCCGCCCGACGGGGCAGCGUCGAGAGCUGCGACGAGAGGGACAACUCACCUGUUGCCCAGAUGGAUGCCGGUGUGGAGCAGGAGCAGCGUGUCCUGCAGCAGGCUGUGACCCGGCACAUUGAGCUCUGCCUCACUGAAGCCAAAGCCUCCACCCUCCUCUGCCAGGUGCUGCUGCUGCCGCAUCACAUGACGGCCCGGGUGGGGCAGGACGUGGUGCGCUCCUCCGCUGAUGAGCCCUGCGGCCUCAGGGGCGCCUCCAUCAAGGUGUACGUGGAGGGCAAGGAGGGCCUGAAGCCAGUGGGGAGCUUCUCCAUCGACCCCAGCGUCACCCCGACCUUUGAACUGUCUGUGAUCCUCAGAGCAGAUGAGAGCUACGGCUGGCCGGCGCUCAAACACAUCUUUGAGAGUGACAAAGUGUUGAAGCUGAGACCGGAGUACCGGCUGGUGAAGAGGAAGCUGUACUCCUCAGCCAGUCCCGUCAUCCAUGAUUUCUACUAAGAGGGAAAUGUUAACCCUUGUUUCACUGUUUACAUCGUUUUGUGUUUGAAUGUUCAUUUUCAACUUAAUGUUAAAUGUCAGGCGACAUGCACAAGGUUUAGCAUACUGCACUGAAACAUGUCUGAGUUAUACUGUUAUAUUUUAGCUAGGGCUGCAACUUACCAUUAUUUUCAUUAUCAGUGAAUCUGCAGAAUCUUUUUUUGAUGGAUCUUUGGUUCCAUAAAAUGUCAAAAAGUAGUAAAAAUAAAUAGCGAUUCCAGUUCACAAAGUGAUGUCUUUAAAUGUCUUGUUUCGUCAUCCAAAAACAUUACAUUUCGUAUGAUUUAAAACACAGAAAGUAAGGUAGUCUCCAUAUUUGAGAUGGAGAAAACUGCUUUAAAAAGUAAUUUAAUUAAGCACAAUUGUCAAAAAAGCUGCCCAUUAUUUUUCUGUCCAUGGAGUAAUCGACCAAUCGCACCAGCUCUAAUGAAGUGGUGUUUUGUUGUGUUUGAAUGUCUAACUUUGAGCCUCAGGUCAGACUGUUGCCUACAUGCUGUUGCCAAUAUAAAUACAGUAUUCUGCACAGAAUUGUUGAAUGUUAAAGUGAACACUGUAAACAUAAAAACUAUCCUCUAGGAUUGGGCGGGUCUCACUCCUGGAACAUGCUGUACUUGUUAUUUAUGAUUUGUGAAAUACAUUUUUUUACACUAA